UCAAUCAGAAUCUCUAUUUUCAUGGUUAAGAAAGUAGAAAAAAACUUGUAUGUGUUUUUCUUUCUAAUAUAGAUUCCACCUUCUUUAAUCAGUUUCUCUCUCAAAUUUCUCAUCUUUUAAUCUCUGUCUUUUGUUUUAGCUUCUGGGUUUUGUUCAAUUCUGAGUUUUGAAGACCAAAUACAGUGUUUUGUCAAUUUUUCAUUUUUCUCAAGAGUGAAGAGAGAAAUUAGAGAAAAUGACUGUAGAGCAAGGAAUUGGAGCACCCGGAGACCAGUUUCCUAUUGGAAUGAGGGUUUUAGCCGUUGACGAUGACCCUACUUGCCUCUUACUGCUAGAGACUCUGCUUCGUCGAUGCCAAUACCAUGUUACCACAAGUAGUCAGGCAGUUGCAGCAUUGAUGAUGUUAAGAGAAAACAAGAACAAGUUUGACCUGGUUAUCAGUGAUGUGCAUAUGCCAGACAUGGAUGGUUUUAAAUUGCUGGAGCUCGUGGGGCUUGAGAUGGACCUACCUGUCAUAAUGUUGUCAGCAAAUAGUGAUCCAAAGCUUGUGAUGAAGGGGAUUACUCAUGGAGCUUGUGAUUAUUUGCUGAAGCCUGUUCGAAUGGAGGAGUUAAAGAAUAUCUGGCAACAUGUAAUUAGGAGAAGAAAAUUUGAUAACAAGGAUUGUAAUAACUUUGACAGCCAGGACAAGGGAAGUGGUGAAGCCACAGCUGACCAGAAGCAUAAUAAAAAAAGGAAGGACCAGAAAGAAGAUGAGGAUGAGGAUCGUGAUGAUAACAGACAUGAAAAUGAGGAUCCGACAACCCAAAAGAAACCUCGUGUUGUUUGGUCAGUAGAGCUGCAUCGCAAGUUUGUUGCAGCUGUUAAUCAGUUGGGCAUUGACAAAGCUGUGCCUAAAAAGAUUCUUGAUUUGAUGAAUGUUGAAAAGCUUACGAGAGAAAAUGUUGCAAGCCAUCUCCAGAAAUAUAGGCUUUACCUUAAAAGGAUCAGCACUGUGGCAAAUCAGCAAGCUAAUAUGGUGGCAGCUUUAGGCAGUACAGAUGCUUCCUACUUGCAAAUGGGUUCUGUGAAUGGACUUGGUUUCCCCAACUUGGCUCGAACUGGGCAGUUUCAUAAUGCAGCUUUCAGACCUCUCCCACCGAGUGGUAUGCUUGGUAGGUUGAAUUCUCCUGCUGCUCUUGGUAUUCAUGGUCUUCCUUCUACUGGAGUGAUUCCAAUAAGUCAUUUACAAACCACAGGCCACUUGACUGAUAGUCAGAGCCAAUUCCAGUCAAUUGUACAUGCUGGAAAUGGUGGGAAUGUACUUCAAGGGAUGCCAAUGCCAUUAGAACUUGAUCAAAUACAAUCUAACAAGGGCAAUACAACUACUCUUUCUGUUUCCAGUGGCUUCCCAGAUGCAAAAAUAAUGGCUAGCUGCUCAGUCAGUCCUUUUCUUGGUGUUGCAAAAAAAUCCUUGAUGUUAGAAGGGAAUGCUCAAGAGGCUCAAGAUGGCCAAAAAUUUGGAAAACACUCUUCCCUUGCUGUGGCCUCUUUAGAUUCAGGAUUGUCUUCCAAUUUUCUGGAUCAUGGUAGAUGUAAUGACACCUGGUCAAGUGCUGUUCAGUCAACAGGGGUCCAAUCAAAUUCUUUUGCCUUAAAUGACUGUUUUCAACAAGCAACUCCACAUUCUAGUAACAUCAGAAAUAACAUGUCAACAAUGGUUUCACAAAGUGGGAAUACUCCUCAUGUCUCUUCUAUUUCUACACUGCCAAUUCACUUGCAGGACUUUAAGGCAGAGUUACAGUGCCAAAUAGCUUCAAUUAGAAAUAAUGCUAGACAAAUGAUUAACAAUGCCCCACAAGGGUGGGAUGACCAGAGGCGAGAUGCUUCUUGCCACUCAAAUGCUGUAUGUAGUUCAAUAAAUGCUGCAAUUCCUAUUCCUGGGAGUCCAAUGGGUCAGAGUUUGGACCCAAAUAAUGUCAUUUUUCAUAGAACCAAGGACUUCAAUUCAGCAAGACAAUCAAAUCUUGUUGAUCCAUCUCUGAUGAAGCAUAACGAGUUUGCAAAUUUGGCCAUGGAAUCACUAAUGAGGUCCAAUGAAGGAUAUGUGAUAGGCCAACAGAAGCCACAGGGCAGUUAUGUUUCUAAUAAUUUUGGCUCCUUGGAAGAUUUAGCAAGUGAAAUGGUGAAACAGCAGGAAGAUAAGGUGACAGCGGCAGGAGAAUUUGGGCAUGGUGCUUAUUCUCAUAGGACGUGCAUGUAAAGCAGAAUUUAGCUGCCGAAAUCCCCAACAGAGAAGGAUAUACCAUAGAAUCGAUCAUGUUUUUUCCCCCAUGUAAUUUAUACCUCAUUGGUCUAUGAUUUCCACUUGUACGUUUCCUCUAGACAAUUAGUAGCAGUUGUUUGUAUUUACAGCAUAGCAAAUUUUUGUAGUUGGUUGAACAAUAUGCAACUUGUGAAAAUUUCUAAGAGCAUAUUUAUUUUUGAA